AUGAAGAGAUCCCGAAACAAACGUCUGAAUAAACUUGUAUUCAUUCUUGUUCACGAUGUUGAAUACUAUCUUUCUCAAGAGUACGAUAGAGUUAUGUCCAACAAUGGGGCAAAGAGUGCAUUUACAAGAGAACAAAGAAUACACGAGAUGGAAGCAGAAGAAGUUGAUGAUGAUGAAAGAGAAGCAAUAAUUGUUGCUCCUGAUUCAGUAGAUAGUAGACAAUGUCAGAUUCAGUCAUUUGUUGACCAAAAUACUGCUUAUGUAGUUGAGGUUUCAGAUACAAACACAAUUAUCUCAUGCACUUGCUUUGAUUUUAAAAGAAGAUACAGACCUUGCAAACAUAUAGAUUUUAACUUUUAUGAGAUUCAACUCAGCAAAAUUGCUCUUGUACUCCAAUAUUAUAGAUUUUCUUUCGUACUUUUGUCUUUAAGAAUUAUGAGCGAUGUGGACUCCAUGACCCUAUCUUUAUCUUAUAAUAACUAG